AUGAAUUCAGAUGAUGAUACAUUUCCAGUGGUGAUUCCUGACUCAGAUACUGAUUACAAUGAGUGCGCUCGAUACAUAAUUUAUAAACCGGUGCUCGAGUCUUCAUCUUCAGAGAGUGCUGAUUCUGAAAAAAGUGAUUCAGACAGUGAUAUUGGAUUUGAUACAUUUUAUAUCAACGAUUCUAUACAUAAUCCUAGGAAUGAAAUAUUUCAAGAUUCACAAAACUUUUGUUCUGAAGAGAUUAAUAAACAAAGUUCUAUAGCAAAUUCCAAUCCAAUAGUCACUCCGACAGGAAACAUUCUUCAAUUAUCUACACCACUAUCAGAUCAAAAAGUCGAUGAGCAACAUUCAAGUAACACAUCUAAUAUUAGCGACAUCUAUAAUUCUUUUGGAUUGAGAAGAAGAUUAAGGACUAGAAAAGCAAUCCAAAAGAUGCCAUAUAGUUUAGAUCGGUUAAAACAUAGACAACUUUUACAAGGCUAUGAUGUGUCAAAUUUUGAUUUUAUUUCAGAUAAAGUUAAAUUACCUUCUCAUCCGGUAGAUGCAAACUCACAAGAAAAGUUUAUGGAAAACAUUAAUCCUAAUAGUGAUAUUGAUACCGACGAUGCAAUGUUUACAGAAAACAUAUAUAACUUAGACUCCGAUCCAGGCUCUAACUCCGAUUCUAGUGAAUCAACCGAUGUUAAUGAAAAAAACAUCAUAAAAGCAAACGAUAAUGAACAGAUUGAAACUCAAGAGGAUAUACCCAACAAAUAUCUGAAUAAAUCAAAUGAUCUCAUGAGAGUGCAUGAGGAAGUAAUAGAGAUAGAAGCAGAAGAAGAGAAUGAAGAAAGUGAAGCAGAUAAAGAAGAGCAGGAAGAAGAACAUAUCAUAUUCAGAGGAAGAAACAUCGACAUAAGAAAAGGAUUUAGAGGAAUUUUACCUAAAAUUGCAUGGGACAAGUCGCUUAAAGAAAAGAGAAGUGCUGUCAAAAGAAAAAAAACAGUAUUAAAUGGAACUUAUAAAGGUCUUGCGAAGAAAAAAAAAAUCAAGCAAGGAAAUACAAAUGAUGAUAUUGGAUUGUUGAAUGAGUUAAUAGCCCCCGAUAAUGAUACUCAUCAUAACAGUAAUGGCAUAUUAGAAGAUUUAAUUGGAUUACGAAAUGAGAAUAUUGCCGAGGAAACUGAACAAUUCCAUUUCAAAGAAACUAUUGGCAACAUUUCACAAUUUGAAAGAUAUAUGGAUGACAAGUAUGCUGAUCUUUAUUUGUCUGAUGAGGAAGACUCCAACAAUGAUGUCCAUAUAGUCACAUAUGAGGUUAAUAAAAACAAAGAUAUUAAAAAUAUAAAAUUUGAAACAGCAACAAGCCAGAAAACACAUUCGUUUAUAAAUAAGGAAAAUUCUAUAGAUACAGGAAACAAUUUUUUACCAAAUGCCACAUCUUUUAAUGGGCUUGCUGAAGAAACAAACAAGGGGACUCUAGAUUUCAUGCUAUCAAAGCAGUCAAAACAGUUAAAAAACAAUACAAAACAAUCUGAAAAGAAAGGCAGUAUUAGAAGUUUGAAAUCUUAUUUGCAUAGACAUCAAAAUUCUAGGACGAAAUCAUUUCGCAAGGGUGUUAAUAAAUCAUCUAUUAAAUAUUUAAAAUUAAACACAAGAGAUAUUAAGACAAAUAGUUUCCAUAAAAUGCAAAAUGCAACGUCAACAGAAGACAUCGGAAAAACCAAACUCGAAACAUAUAGAAGUUCAAAUAAAUCAACAAUAGAAACUGAAAAAUCAGGUUUUGAGGAAAGAAAAGCAAGUGAAAAUGUAUCUGAAACUUUAUCCAAAAAAUUGAAGAACCAGACUAAAAAUAAUUAUUUUGGUUUGAAUGCUGGAAAUAAUGAUGUCAAUUUCAGAAAAGGAAACACAUUUUCAACUGUAUUAGAGACAUUAGGUAAUAAGUAUGCUAUUAGGAAGCGUAAUAAAAUAGGAACUCAUAUAACCGAAUUGGCUGAUUUAAGUGCGAAUUCUGAAAGUCACUUAAAACAGAAAAAGCUUAAAGUAGUCGACGCUUUAUUUUAUAGGAAACAAAUUAACAUAAAUGAAGUUGAGAAAAUAAUGAUAUCGAAUAAAACGUUUAUAUUAUCUAAACUGGAUUUAAGCAAACUUCCUUCAGUUUUGACGAACAUAUUUUUAGAAAUUACUGAACAUGGCGUUGUUGAUACGGAGUUAAUUACGAUAUGCCACCAGCUAACUGAGUUUUUGUAUUUUCUAAACCAGCCAAGUUUAUACCAUAUUAUUGAAGAUUUCCACAAAAGGUUCAGGGAUAAAGUGGCUACUAUGGGAAUUCGAACAAAACCUAUUCAUUUUUAUCAAAUUAUGAUCUGUCAACUUAUGUUUUUUGAAAUAUCUAAAUAUGCCGAUAUCUCAUCCACAUUCAUAAGUGAGAUAUAUUCAAAAAUUUUAGAUCAUAUUUCAUCAUUCUUCUCAUUACUGUCUAAAUGUUAUAUACCAGAGUUUGAUAAAAAUUCUGUAUACCUGCUUGAAUCAUACAAUAUUUUGGUUUUAAUUGUUACUCAAUUGGGAAAAGAGAAGGAAUUAUGGAAUAGAUUUGUCGCACAUCAUUUUAAACCCGAUAUCUGUUUUCUAAUAUUAAAUCUCUUCCCAACAGAAACAGCUUACUGGCCCAUAAUGCAAAUAGAAAAUUCCUAUUUAUCUUUGUCAGAAGCCUUCAAGUUUACUAAGUUUUCUAUUCAGCAUUCAAAUUGGAAGCUCUCAUCGAGUUUAAUUCUAUUUUUCAACGGUAUUUACAAGAAAAGAAGAUUCCAAGACUUUGAAAAAGAGUCUGCAUUGUCCUUCAAAAGUCAAGUUAUCUCAAAUUUCGAGAAUGUGCCAAGCAAUUCAUCACUUUUUAAUACCUAUUUAUAUUUGUUAUAUCAAUCUGAGCUAUCAGAUUCAGACAUCGAAAAAAUCAUGCCAUUAGGUGAAGUGUCAUGUACGGAUCCCUAUUCUAUUCUCGUUAAUAGAAUCAAUUUAUUACUGGUGUUAUCUAAAAAGUCAACUUGGAAUCUUGAAAAGAGAUUUGAUGUUAUUUUGAAGUCAAUUAUUUUUGAUCCCAAAAUUGGAACAUUAGAGACACGAGACUUACAGAGAAUAACGACUUUGGUUUUAAAUGCACAGGUGAAUAUGUUUGAGAACAAUCGGAAUAAGAAUAUGUCUUAUAAAUCCAAAGUCAUUGCAGACAUUUACGAUACUUUAAUUCAUGAUAAUAAAGCUUUAUGGAGUAUUUGGUACCAUUAUCUAAAAGAAGUAACUGAAAUAAUGAAACAAUGUUCAACCACUGACCUCAACAUGCUAAAAAAUUUGUACCGAUAUUUGGCUAAAUCAAUCACAAUUUUCGACAUGUUUCCUCAAUCAGUGAUAGUUGUCAAUUUGUUAAUAUCUAAUUUAAGUCAACUUGGAGCGAAAUGGACCAAGAACCGACUACUACCAACCAUAAAAGAUGUCCUAAAAGAUAAUAGGUAUUGGAUAGAUGCAUUCUGUAAAAUAGGAAGUUAUUUGAUUAAAAGUGGUGAUAUAUCAUGGUGGAGUUUGUUGGUAUACACCGACAUGGAUCACUCAUUAGACGAUAAAAUAUACUUCUUUAACAAAGUUCUACUAAUGUGCGAUAAUCGAUCAUUUGGCAUGAUCAAACAAUACAUGUAUGGAAUAAUUAUUGAAUUAAUAUUUACAAAAAGUGAUGAACUUUUUGAAAACUUUAUUAAUAAUUUAUUAAAACGAGAAAAUGCAGUGGAAUAUUUAUACAUUGAUAGCAGCCCUGAGAACCAAAAACUUCAGGCCUGCAAAAGAUUAUUUGCCGUUUUAGCCGAAUGUCCUGACAAUACAUUACUUGAUCGACUAAUCAGAACCAUCCAGGAUCGUCACUUGGAUAAUUCACUCCCUCAUGAAUCUGUAUUUUCCUUGAUCAGCUUCCUGAAUUCUAAAUACAUUGAUUCAAUUAAACAUAAUAAUAUCUUCAUCAUUUUAAAAAGAGAAUUGGGAAUAUCUGACGUAGAAUUUGAAAAAAGUUCCUUUAGAGAUACUAUCAAAAAUUUCACCAAUAUUAAUGACCGGGCUGAGUUUAUAGAAAAUUGUUUAGUCGAAUCUCUUUCGGUACAAGGUGAGGCAAUAAUGCUCUCAGAGAAACUGAUUUCUUUGUUCAAUUCCAAUAUGCACAUGAAUACUAUAGGAAUGUUUUCGGAUUUAGUAAAAUGUCAUAUUUUAAGUAACUCCAUUAAACAAAAUACUUUUAUGCUGGCAAUAACAGGAUUUUUAUUACAGAUUCUUAAUUCACAUAUUGAAAAUAUAUUUGGUCAACUUUCUAGUGAAGAAUUUACAAAUAUACAUGGAAUGUUGCUGUCCCUCUGCAAGUCAUUCUCUUUUACCGACUCAAAUGUUGAUGAUUAUUUAAAUGUAAUAAUAGAAGAGACUUCACGAUUAUUUAUAAGCUCUUUACAAAUUUCUGAAGGGUUUAAAGAAUAUAAUCUCAUCUGCAAACUUGGAAGAGGCUUUUUAUAUAAUGAGACUUUGUCAAGAGAAAUAUUGGAUGACAAAUCAAGUGAAAUCUUUGAUGUCAUACCAAUUGAAAUGCAACAAAAAAUUCAACAAGUCAUCCAAAGGAACAAAAAUAAUUACAAUAACGACAGCUUUUAUAAACCAACAGUAGAAAUUGCAUACUCUUCUCAUUUAAGAGAAUUGUUACCACAAAGUCAUAAUACAUAG